AGUACCGGAUAAAAAGCCGCAGCACGCGAGGGGUAUUAGGCUUGUAUUAGGAGGAGAACAAUUCAUUCCAUAACACAUUAUCUGAGUAUUUUAGAUAUAAAUACGAAAUACGAUGGAGGAAAGAGGGAAGUUUGGUACUGGAGGAGCCGAGCGGAUCUGUUAUAUUAGCAGAGUUCAGAGUUUCAGCGCCUGUCAUCGCCUACACAGCAAAUCCCUAAGUGAUGAAGAGAAUAGGAGAGUUUUUGGAAAAUGCAACAAUCCCAAUGGUCAUGGGCACAACUACAAAGUUGAAGUGACAGUAAGAGGAAAGAUAGACCCAACCACAGGAAUGGUGAUGAAUCUUACAGAUCUUAAACAGUGCAUAGAGGAAGGCAUCAUGAAACCACUAGACCACAAGAACCUUGACCUGGAUGUGCCAUACUUUGCUAAUACUGUCAGCACCACCGAGAACCUGGCCGUGUACAUCUGGGAUAACAUGAACAAGCUUCUCCCACCCAACACGCUCUACGAGAUCAAGGUGCACGAGACGGACAAGAACGUGGUCGUGUAUCGAGGGGAGUAGACUGUUGUAUGGAGUGUUUACUGUUGCUGGCUGUAGGGUACAGAUUAAUCUGCACACUUUAGGAUUAGAGGACCACAUAGUAUUACUGUCUGCUUUAGGAUUAGAGUGAGUCACGGAAUGAUUGGCUCAGCUGUUAACCAUGUGAGGCUGAUCCUAUUACAGUUUUUCUCAGUCGAUUUGGUUCAUUUCUCAGAUCAGAAUUGAAAUUCUCAAAACUGUUCAUUCAAUCUCCACAUCUCCUUGUCACUUGUGCAGAUCAUAAUAGCAUUUCUUAUUGUGUUUCACAUUUUGCGAAUGCUUUUGUACAUUCAUGCAAAUGGUCAUGUACAAUUGUCUGCUGUUUUUUGCAUUAUCAAUUGCUUAUGUGAUGUUUAUCAAAAUGUGUUCUACUGAUUGUCUGUUGAAUUGUCUUACCCUCCAAAACAUUUAGGCUUUGGGUCAUUGCCUAGGUCAUUACAUGCAAAAGUGCUGAACAUGUUGUCAUAAUCUCUCAGGCAUAAUUUGUACAUUUCUAUGAAACUUUUUUGGUAAAUUUUGGUAAUUUAUUUGGCUUUCGUUAAGAAGGGGAAUUUGUGAAGGUUUAGAUCAACCAAUGGUCAAACAGCUCUCAACCAUAGGUCAGAGGUACAUCUCAUGAACCUUCAAUUGACAAACAUAUAGACACAAAACAUUGCAAUGUCACAAAGUCUCACAAUGAAAAGACAAGGCUGUGUACAGGGUGAACAGCCAAGAAGAGGGGUAAGGCUGCGUGGUGGAAGGCUGAGGGGACAAAACAGAGGCAGAGCUAGGAGAGUCCAUGCCACUCUAACACCAUCAGGCAAUGGUUUGCCAUUCAUUAUAGAAUGCUGAUGGAAUUCCUCCCACCCUACUCCCCCCCACCCUACUCCCCAUUCCUGAACCCAAUUGAGGAGUUCUUCUCAGCCUGGAGAUGGAAGGUGUACGAUCACCAGCCGCACACCCAGAUGAACCUGCUGACUGCCAUGGAUGCAGCUUGUGAGGAUAUCACAGCAGAUGCCUGCAGAGGCUGGAUUAGGCACUCCAGGAGAUUCUUUCCACGCUGCAUUGCAAGGGAAGAUAUCCAGUGUGACGUGGAUGAAAACAUGUGGCCCAACAGAGAGGAGCGUCAGGAUGUAUAGAAAAGAAAGCACUAUAAUUCCUUAAGUUGUUGUCUCAGGUUGUUUUGAAUGUUUAGAGUAAGUUUCUAAUUUUGUAGUUUUUCCUCUGUGUUAUAGAGUGCUGCCAAACAGUUGUCCGUCUUUCCUGAAUUUCUAUCUGAUUUUUUUGUCAACAAAUUGCAGUGCGAACAAUACAGUAAAAGAAUAUUACUGUAUAAAUUUGAUUCCAGUCCAAUUUCUUGCUGUCAGUCUCCCACAUACAGUCAUGUGUAACUUUGUGUUCUGUGUAAGUUUGUUUUUUGUGUGUAACACGUACCAUUUCAAUUGAUAUGCCACAGAAUGUGCAGCGUUCUUGUAAUCAAAAACUAGCUAGUUUCCAUCAAAAUAUACUUAGUGUACACUGUUGCACUGACAACAUGACUAAGUAUUUUUACUGCCUUGUUCAUAGGCAAUGACACACAGACUAGACAUUCUGAUGGCACUGACAAGUUGAUUGACAUAAAUAUUUGCUUUUGAGGCACAAACAAAGAAUUGUGAGCGAGGUACGUGCUUUUGCAGGUAUUUCAUUGAGUUUACCUUUAAAAGUCUAAUUUUUUCAGGUAGCUAUGUACAGCUUGUGAAACUACAGAACGAGAUCCGUAGACUAACACUGACAGCAUUUCACACGACUAUUAAAUAAAUAAAUAAAUAUGCAAUUAUUAAA